UGGGGUCCGGCCCAGGGUCCAGGAUGCUGAACGUCCCUUCGCAGUCCUUCCUGGCGCCCAGUUCGCAGCAGCGAGCGCCCUCGGCGGGACGGAGCAAGGUCCCUCUGAAACAAGGCAGAAGCCUUAUGGAUUGGAUUAGAUUAACCAAAAGUGGAAAGGAUCUGACAGGACUAAAGGGAAGGUUAAUUGAAGUCAGUGAAGAAGAGCUUAAAAAACACAACACAAAGGAUGAUUGUUGGAUAUGCAUACGAGGGCUUGUUUAUAACGUCAGUCCAUAUAUGGAGUAUCACCCUGGUGGAGAAGAUGAGCUGAUGAGAGCAGCAGGAGCAGACGGAACGGAACUUUUUGAUCAGGUUCAUCGAUGGGUCAAUUAUGAGUCCAUGCUGAAAGAAUGUCUGGUUGGCAGAAUGGCAGUCAAACCUGCAGUUUGUAAAGACUCUCGAGAGGAGAAGAAAGUCAUAAAUGGCAUGCUUCCCAGAAACCCAGGAACAGAUAAGUGUGCCAAAGAAGGCCCUAGUUCUCCAAGCUAUGACUGGUUCCAAACGGAUUGCUCAGUCACCAUUGCCAUCUAUACCAAACAGAAGAAGGAUGUCAAUUUAGAUUCAAUAAUAGUUGAUCAUAAGGACGAUUCCUUUAGAGCAGAAACAAUUAUCAACGAUUAUUCAUAUCUUAUACAUAUUAAACUAAGCCAUGAGAUUGAAGAAUUUUCUGUGCGAAUUGUUGAGGUUGUGGGGAAGAUAGAGAUUGUCCUCAAGAAAAAAGAGAAGACUUCUUGGAAGAGUCUUGGCCAUCCCCUGGAAGCUCAUAAUUCGUUUAUUCCAAAGAAAGAUAGAGGUUUGUAUUACAGAGACUGUCAGUUGAUUUCCAAAGAGCGUGUUACCCAUGACACAGAACUUUUCUGCUUGUUGCUGCCACCAAGCUCUCAUCUCCAGGUGCCAAUUGGGCAACAUGUUUACUUCAAGCUAACUAUCUCAGGUAAAGAGAUAGUGAAGCCAUAUACACCUGUGUGUGGUUCCUUACUCCCAACGUCCGAGGAACCGGUUCUUCACAAUGACAAACACAUCUAUUUUUUGAUCAAAAUUUAUCCCACUGGACUCCUCACACCAGAACUUGAUCAUCUUCAGAUUGGAGAUUUUGUUUCUGUAAGCAGUCCUGAGGGCAGUUUUAAAAUAUCCCAGCUCCAAGAAUUAGAAGAUCUCUUUUUAUUGGCAGCUGGAACAGGCUUCACACCCAUGGUUAAAAUACUGAAUUAUGCUUUGACUAAUAUACCCAGUCUCAGGAGAGCGAAGCUGAUGUUCUUCAAUAAAACAGAGGAUGAUAUAAUUUGGAGAAGCCAAUUGGAGAAAUUAGCGUAUCAAGAUAAAAGAUUUGAUACUGAAUUUGUUCUCUCAGCGCCUACUUCUGAAUGGAAUGGCAGACAGGGACAUAUUUCACCAGCUCUUCUUUCUGAAUUUUUGAAAAGAAGUUCAGAGGAAUCCAGAGUCCUUAUCUGCAUUUGCGGCCCACCACCAUUUACAGAGAAAGGAGUAAGGUUGCUGCAUGAUCUUAACUUCUCUGAAGAGGAGAUUCAUAGUUUCACAGGAUAACGGAGAGCGGCCACUGUACUUAACUGUUUAUCUAAAUUUGUGAUUGUUGAGGGUUUUCUAAGCAACUUUUUUGUGUCUCUUGGAAGGUUCACUAGAAUCCAGGCUUCAGUUUCUUAAGUGAAAUCAAAUGUUCCUACAGUAUAGAUAACUCGUUGGUUUAUUUUGUACUGUAACUUAUUUUACUACUGAUACUUGACCUGGAAAGUCAAUCAUGGCAGCAAAUACAUACAGGAUUCUUUACGAGGAAUCAGAGUCCUUUGCCAUUUAAACUUUAUCACUGUCCUACAGUAAGCUCUUGUGUUUUAUGAUAUGAUAAAUGAUCAUUUUUAUCACAUUUCUAUGCUAUAAAAUGUCUUAUUAGCAAUACAGAUUCAAUUUUACAUUGCACUGUCAACUCAGGAAAUGAUUGUUUAUGUCCUUGUUAUUAAUAUGAAAACAUGGAAUGUUGAAUUUACGUGAUCCAAACAUUUUGUGUGUACACAGUGUUGAUACGAAGUAAAUAAAAAUACACCUAAGCACUUUUUAAUCAUCGUGUUAAAAAUGUAUUUGAAUGCAACCGUUGCUAAGGGAAAAAAAUGGAAUUGCCUGUGUAUGUAGUGG